AUGGGGCUGGGCGGAGGAGACCUUGCCGGAGGCGGGCGCGACGCGCAGGACACUGGGGCGGACCGAGGCCAGAACCAAGAGCGACGCCAGGCGGUUCCGGGCAACGCAGAGCGGGGGAAGGAGACAACGAACGGUGUGGACGGAUCUCCGGCGGAGCACUGGGCAGCGCAGGAAGUAGGAGGGACUGAGAGACCGACGACGCGGAAACAAACGAGAGAACACCGAGAGAAGCGGGAAGAAGGAACGGCAGACCCAGGAGACAUAGAGGAGAGCGGCGAAACGCGCGAAGAGGCGAAGAACGUUGAGGAUAACGGGUCCGGUGAGCCAAGAGUGGAGAGGGAAGGCGAAGACGAUCGUGUCAAGCAGGCGACGAUGGCGAGGACAGGAAAGCUACAGGGUGGAGGUGAGACCCGUUCGGAAGCGCCGAGAGCGAGGAAGGGGGCCGUCAGUAGGAACGCAGAGGACGCGCCAGCCACCCAAAGGUUGGACGGGACGGAAGGAGAGGCGGCCUCACGGACGAAGGCAGAAAUGGAGAGUCCGGACGAUGUUGCACGAAAGAGGCGGACGGCAGACGGAGCAGCAGACGAUGAAAAGAAUCAGAGAGAGAACGAGUCAGGCGGAGCAGACGCUGUGCGCGAGAGGCACGGCUUGGCACCGCGGGGCUACGCCUUGAGAGAGCGAGGAUCUCGAGCGCCGAAGCCGUGGGAGAGGCGAGGCGAGAGGGAGCGCAACUGGCUGGGGUCCGAAUCCGGCGAACGCAUGCAACGCCGGGACGAAGGACGCGGCACAAAGUACGCAAGCAAAGAGAACGGAGAAGCGAUGGACGGGAGAGGCCGUGCAAGGCCGCCACGUGAGAUCAGGACGCGACCGGCGAGGUCUGGAGAACUGGAGACGGAGGCAAGCAGUGAGCGAAGGCAACGGGGGAUCCAGGCCAGGAGUGGCCGGUGCACAGCUCGCGGCAGAGACGGAGUUCUGUCGAAUCGCGCUGCCACAGAAACUGAGUCUGAGAUGAGAGAGAAGAGAAAGGAAGAGGCCGGAAGGAGAGGGACGCGGCGACACGACACGCCGGGGGAAGAGGAAGGAAUGAAGAAGAGGAAGCGAGAGACGGGAUCGGACGGGAGCAUCUCUUCGAAACGCGGCAGCAGCACUCUUUCCUUUCCGUCUUCAAGGGGAACAAACGAGGAGGACCGUUCUGCCGAAAAAGCCCGGGCUUCAGUUGCGGGGCGACAUGCGCCAACCCGGCACGGAAGAGAGGCUGAGAGCUCCGGAAAGAGAGGACGGUCUUGCUCGGCUUCGGCGCCGGACUCUCCCUCACUUCCUUCGCUCCUUUCCUCUUCACCGUCGUCGUGUUUCCAAAGGAGAGGUCAGCUGCAUGCACGGCGACAGGCGCACAGGGGAACGCCUUCCGACUCGAAGAGCGUUUCGCUUUCGUCUUCGCCGUGCUCGGGCGACGCGAGCGAAGACAGAGGCACAUGCAGGGUUUCCGCUGACGUCAUUGGCGGAUUUCCGCGGGAGUCGUUCGAGCGCUUUGACCAGCCGUUCCUUCGCGUCGAACUCACAGAAGUCUCUGCUCGGAACCGAUGGAAAGCAACUGCCGCCUAUGAGGACAAGAUUCAGUCGUUCCUGACGGAGGGCAUCGCACGGUCGACGUGCUUCCGACGCGAGGCCCCGUCGUCACUCACCAUCUGCAAGCAGUACGACUGGAAGAAUCACCAGGCCAUGUUCGAGGACGAAGACAGAACGACGUACUACCGAAACGCGAUCUGCUGGCGAGGCUGGGAUCUGCGCGAAGCCGAGCGACUCGCGCAGAGCCGCAAAGUGCAUGCGUCGGCGGGCGCAGAGAGCCCCAGAGGUGGGCGCAGCGGAGACGAGCCUCGAGAAGGUGGAGUCCGAGAAGGGGAAGAUCGAAGCGAGGGUGGAGAAGCCGAGAACAAGAACGCCGACGCACCUGGUGGAGGUCUGCAGCGUGCAGGCGGCCGGGCAGAGGCGAGAAGGUGCGAGGGGCUCGAGAGGACGGAAGGCUGCAUCCAGGGAGAAGCGAAGGUGGAACGGCCGGAUGAGCGGCGACGGAGCAACGCCCCGCGCCAUGACGAAAGAGGGGAGGUUGCGAGUGUCUCGGGAACACACAGCGCGGACGCGGAUGAAGAGAGCGAACGGGAAGACGACGGCGUUGUCGACGUGAAGUCUUACAGACUGUGCACCGACACAAUGGGAGAAGACGAAGCCGGGAGCGUCCACGGCAAGAGAGGUCGGACGUAUGUCCAGGGGAAGCGCGUGCUCGAGAUUGGGACGGGGCCGAUCGCCCUCCUCGCCGUCCUCGCAAUCAAGGCAGGCGCCGAGUACGUCGAUGCGCUCGAGGUCAGCAGGACUUCGGCCUCGCUCGCGACUUCUUUUGUGAGACAGUUCGGCUUAAAUGCGAGCUCCAGUCGGUACCGGCAAGCGUCGGGCAUCACCUCGUGCGCGGCCCCUCCGCGGGACUCAGAACGUUCUCCUCUUUCGUCUUCUUCCUCUCCGGCACCCGCGGGUCACGCGACAGCUCCUUCCUCGCUCACAGUCGCUCCCGCCGUCCUUGGCUCGACUGCACUCGAGGCUUCUCCAGGCUUGGUUCCCGAGCGGGUCGGGCUGUCUCGCCAUUCCUCUUGUCUCUCUUCCGUGCCUUCCAGCGCGUCGGUUUCCUCGCGUUCUUCGCACCUUUCGCCUGACUCCGAGGCAGCCGGUCCCUCUGCGCCGGCGACGAGAUCCGCGGGCGUCCCGACGGACACCGGACCUGGCGCGCUUUCAUCUUCUUUUCACCUCGCCGCUUCUCCGGUUUCUUCCCCCUUGAGCGUUUCGCUUUCUCCGGACUCGUCCGUUUCUCAGGAAGGCUCUUCCCUACCUCUCCCUCCCGCCUCCCUUCCCUCUGCCUCCGCGUCUCCUCUUGUCGCAAAAGGCGCCCCGUCGAACUCUGUCCCCGGCACUCACCUGUCGUCCGCCUCUUCUUCCGUAGCUGCCGCACCUGCGACUCUCCCUUCGCUGCUUCAGCCCCCGCCUCUCCCUUCUCCGUCCUCCCCACUGCCUCAAUCGCUUUGUGGGGACGGUGCUGACUCUGCUGCCCUGGCCCCGACCGCAGCCUCGCUUCCCACGCUGUCGCCUGGCUCUUCUGUCUCCCAGUCUUCUCCAGCCCCGAGGGCUCAAGCACCCUCGUCUCCCGCCGAGCCCGCGUCCUCUUCAGACAUGCUAUCUAUUGGCUGGCGCUCCUCGCCCCACGCGUCUUCGUCUUCGUCUUUGCAGAAAGCGUCGCAGAUGCGAGGACGGAAAUCUCCGCCUUCUGCUGCCUCGCCGCCUUCUGCUGCCUCUCCGCCGUCGCUUUCACGGCCCGACCCCCUCGUCAUCCACAGCACCUACAGCAAACUCUUCCCGCUCCCGCCGCCUCAUCUCGCUCCGAAACUUGGCCAAGCCUUCCCGGCCGCUUCGCUCUCGCGCUCGUCCCCGUCCCGGUCGCCUUCUCCGUCUUCGCCCUCUUCGUUUCCCUGCUACUACGACAUGAUCAUCCACGAGAUUCUCGGCGACUUCGCCUCCCAAGAAGGCGCUGCGGAUGUCUACCUCGACAUCCAGCGCAGACUCGGCUACUGCCCCAAGUCAAUCCCCACAGCAGCGACGACCUGCGUCGCACCCUGUGCCUUUCCCACGAGGGAAAACGUCCCGUACAAGGUUAGCCUGCAGUUCUCCUCUCUUCUUCUCUGCGACAGCCUCCUGCCUAUGGAGCAGCUGCGCUUCGAAGAGCCCAUGGACCGUCAAAUGCUUCAGCGGCGACGACUGGAGUUCACGGUUACACGAAAAGGCCAAUUUGCGGGUUUCCUUGCCGCCAUUGACGUCGAGAUUCGACCGGGGAGACACUUUGGGACGGUGUUCGAGCAGCAGUGCGACAGCUGGUACACGAACGUCGUUCUGUUGGGGAAGGAGAUCGAAGUUCGCCCUCGAGACAAAAUCACGCUCUUCACCGUCGCCGACUUGAAAAACUACCAGAUCGAAACUGUCUCGCAGAACGUGGGGAAGAAAAAGCAAGCUGUGCCGCUCGAAGUCUCGCGCCCCACUUACACGUUUCAGGGUUAUGUCGAGCGUCACCGCCGAGGCGUCAUUGCCGAGUUUGGUCCCAUUCUCAUCGACUACGACGAGCAGGCGUCGUGUAUUCGGAUCGAGUAG